CUUUUUCUUGUUUGUUAUGACUUCCGUUUCCUCCUCUGUAUGCGUUAGUUCGGCCAGACUGCACAGUAGCCGCCAUCAUGAUGAACAGCGGUGGUAUCGGGGUGCCGCUCGGCUUCCCUUUGACCCCUACUUCGGUUAUCCAAGUCACCAAUUUAUCCUCGGCGGUCACUAGCGAGCAGAUGCGGACGCUCUUCGGUUUCUUAGGUGACAUCGAGGAGUUGCGUCUCUACCCUCCGGACAACGCACCACUUGCUUUUUCCUCCAAAGUAUGUUAUAUUAAGUUUCGGGAAUCUUCAAGUGUUGGUGUGGCCCAGCAUCUUACAAACACGGUUUUUAUUGACAGAGCUCUGAUAGUUGUCCCCUGUGCUGAAGGUAAAAUUCCAGAUGAAGCCAAAGCCCUAUCUCUCUUGGCUCCUGCUCCUACAAUGACAAGCCUGAUUCCUGGUGGAGGGUUGCUUCCUAUACCAACCCCACCUGUGAGUUCAAUUGGCAUUCCUCUUGGUUCAUUGGGUGCGAUUCCAGCAGCAGCGUUGGAUCAUAAUAUUACAGCUAUUGGAGACAUACCCCAGCCGCCCAUUAUGGGCAAUGUGGAUCCUUCCAAGAUUGAUGAAAUUAGAAGGACUGUGUAUGUUGGAAACUUGAAUUCCCAGACUACCACCGCUGAUCAGCUUCUUGAGUUUUUUAAACAAGUUGGAGAAGUCAAGUUUGUGCGGAUGGCUGGCGAUGAGACUCAACCAACACGUUUUGCUUUUGUGGAAUUUGCUGACCAAAAUUCUGUACCUAGAGCCCUUGCCUUUAAUGGAGUUGUGUUUGGAGACAGGCCGCUGAAAAUAAAUCACUCCAAUAAUGCAAUAGUGAAGCCUCCUGAAAUGACACCGCAAGCAGCUGCUAAGGAAUUGGAAGAAGUGAUGAAGAGAGUACGAGAAGCCCAGUCUUUUAUAUCUGCUGCUAUUGAACCAGAGUCUGGAAAGAGCAGUGAAAGAAAAGGUGGUCGGUCGCGCUCCCAUUCACGUUCAGAAUCCAGAUCUAGUUCAAAAUCUCGAAGGAAAAGAUCACACUCAAAACGCAGGAGUAGAUCCCGUGACAGAUCACACUCUAGCCAGAAGGACAGACGCAGAUCCAGAACUCCACCCAAAAAGCGCUCGAAAUCUAAAGAGAGGCUGAGGUCAAGAAGUCGUUCACCUUCUCGGGAGAAGAGGAAGGAAAGCAAAGAGAGGAUCAGAGAGAAAGAAAAAAUUAGUAGAGAGAGAGACAGAGAGAAGGAAAAAGAGAAGGAAAAAGAGAAGGAUCGAGACAAGGACAAAGACAGGGGCAGGGAGAAGGAAAGGGGCAGGGAGAGGGAGAGGGACAAGGAGAAGACCAAGGAUAGAGACAAAGAUCGAGCAAAAGAAAAGGACAAAGACCGAGAGAGAGCUCGAGAAAAGGAAAAAGACAAGGAGAAGGAAAAAGAAAGAGACGUGGAGAAAGGCUCAGACACAGAAAAAGACAAGGCAGAGGAUUUGGACAAAGUGGGGGGAAAGAGAAAAGAGAGGGAGACAGAGAAGGAGGGAGGCGAGGAGAAGGAUGACAAGGGUGACGUCAAGGAGAAAGACCACGAGAAAGAAAAAGAGGGGGAGAAAAGCAGUGAAAGAGAAAAAGGGAAGGAAGCCGAGAAGCCAAAAGUUAAAGACAAGGAAGGAGAGAAAGCAAAAGACAGAGAGAAGGAUCGGGAACGAGAAAGAGAGAAAGAGAGAGAUGAAAAAAGGAAGAAGGAGAAGAGAUCCAGGACGCCCCCCAGAAGCUACAGUUCCUCAAGAAGAUCACGGAGUUCCAGCAGGGACAGACGGAAGAGGAAGAGCCGAAGUCCCUCAAAGUCUCCCAGAUCAUCUAAAGUUGCAAAAAGGAAAUCUUCCCGAUCUCCAUCUCCAAGGAGAAACAAGAAAGACAAAAAGACAGAAAAGGAGAGAGAUUUGAGUAAUGAUAGAAGAGAAAGGGAGCGAUCUACCUCCAAGAAAAAGAGUAGCAAAGACAAAGAUGUUAAAGAGAAAUCUGAUAAAACCACAACUUUGAAGGAUAAGGAUCUGAGUAAAGAGAACCAGAAUUCUGAAAUUGACAAAGCAGAGAAGGAGGAUAUAGCUGUUGCAGAAGAAGUCAAACUACAGCAUAAUGGCAACUGUCAACCAAAUGAAGAAAACCUCUCAGUUAAAACAGAAGAUGUGUAGAGUACUGAAUGGACCUCUGACCCAACUGUGUGGAUAGAGAGACAAAGCUUUUCCUCCCCUCCCCCACAAUCCACCAAAAGAGGAUACAAAUUGUUGAGCAAUCAACCGGACAUGUUGUAUUAUGCUAGCAGCUCUCCUGGUUCUUAUGAUGGUUUGAUCAUCUUGAAGAUGAGCAAGAAGCAGCACUGACCAAUAGGAUGCGCUAUGACAAGAGCAAACAGCAUCUGUAAGAAUCCAUGUAUUUCUGUGAUGAUAAGAUUGGUCAACAGCUGUUACAAAUAAAUGGAAAGCUGUAAUCUGUACUACCUAGAAAAGUUACUGGGGAUGCAUUCAGAGUUGUUAAAAUAUUGGUAGUUUUGAAUUUUAUGUUUUGCUUUGUGGGUUUUUAAACUAAACUCAAUGUGAUACGUUUUGAUAAUGUGCUUGAAAAUGGUGCAGAGAUACACAUGCUUCCCUUGUUGUUGUACAUGACAGUGAUGAAAAGUUUUAACCUAACAGUUUUACAGUUAUUGUGUUCAUGCCCACAAAGGCAAGUGAAGAUUCUUUACUUUGUUGCUUGUGACUUUCCUUUUAUAUUUUUAAGUAAUUUCCUUACAAGUAAGUCUAAAAGCUUUCUCUUACUAGUAGUUGAUCAGUGCAUGCUAAUGUUCAGAUUCUAGAAAGAACAUCCAUGUUUAUACUAGAUUUCCAUUCUUCCAACUAUAAGCACAUCUAUGUAGUAAUCUUCAAACAACUGGCUUUGUUUUGAGCUAUACUGCAGUGUGCCCAAUCACCUGCAAAUAGGACAGAUACCCAUGACAAAAAUAAAUGUUUUGCUUUUGAACUGGGAUGUGAGAGCACAAGCUGAUGCUUUAGUGCCUUUGAAACAGAAUAGUAAUUUCUAGGAAUUACAUGCUUUUUAAUCCCUUCGUCUAAUCUAUCUUCUAGAUGAUUCAUACCAGUAGGCAAGCAUUUGAUAGAUCUGUCAGCCUUGUCAGUACUUGGUCAUUUGAUAACUGGUUGAAUGAAAAAAAAAAAGGUUCAUAGCUAAAAUCAAGGAUCAUCAUAUGGUGGAAUGACCCUAUCUGAAAUCCAGUCCAUCUAUAAACUAACUACCUUAUGGCAAGUUAGUGAAUUGAACAGUUUUAAUAAAAGUACAUCUUCACUGGGUUAUGGACUAGGCUGGGUAUUAUCAUCAAAAUCAAAAGUGCCCUUUAAAUGUUUACCCUAUUUUGGACAUUCUUAAGAGUUUCUUCAUUUCUAACACCAGUUGUGAAACAUGAUAGGAACAGCUUGCAAGUUCUCCUUGGAGAAGUAAUCGCCCAGAUUCCUGUUUACUAGUUGGGAAAUAGCAUGUAAGAGAACAGAACAUGACAAAUGCAACUCUCAUUUCAGCAUUGCAAGACUGACAACAAAAGCUCAUACCUUAAAAUAUUAUUACACUAAAAUCAAGAACUAUUUUGAAUAUAGUAUAAUACAAUCAAAUUGCCUUACCUCACGGGAGUUAUGGAAAAGCCAAGUAAAUAUAUUAGCUUUCAUUUUGUGUUCUCUAAAUUACAGUUCAUUUCAUUUUUCAUUUUUUCAAAUUACAGUUAAUAGAAGUGUAAGCCUUUUUUUGGUGAAUGGGAAAAUUAAAAUACACUGUAAGGAAAUGAAGCCCAUUGAUUGUGACUCUGCUUUAAUAGCCCAUCUUUUUUGUUAUAGUUUAAAGGGGUUUUCCCCCCUCCUUUUGGACUCUGUGUACAUUAAACUAUAGUGUAUGCUUUACCAUGUAAAGUAUGGACAGUCAUUUUUUUAUGUUUAAGCCACAUGACGUUGGCUAGCACACAGCUUAUUCUGACAAUAAAGGAAUGACAAAUCUCA